UUAUCACACGAAUUCGAUUUCCGCUCGGCAAGUCUCUCGCUACGAUUCAAGAAGUACCUCAACGAUGAGAAUUAAAUCUCGAUAAUAUCUUAUAUCAAUUCCAUUUGUCUGAAUGGAAAUUUUAUUUUCGGAUACUAGCAAUUGUAUAUGGAGAAAAAAUAAUUGUCUCGCUCAGCAAAGCUGCUCACAUUGGACCAAUCAUAUCACGAUUAUUUUAUGGGCUGUUACACAACGAAGUGGUAUCAAAGUCAAAUGAGGAGUGGUGUUACUAAUAUUGGUGGCCUUACCAUGGCUGCGGCCAUUUAAACAGGGACGGGCUGAGCGACCUAAUUUGGUUGACACAACACUUUAUUCUUUAUACAAUCUAUGUGCGCUCAUUGUAUUACCAUAAGUGUUAUCCUUUAGGAAUGUACCUCAUUGAUAUCUAAUAAGUAAUACAUUGUCUUUGGUAUGUUUGGCAAAUUACUAUAUUAUCGCCCGAAUGACAUUUACAAAAGCGGCAUGUGUCCUUCACGUGGGCCGGCUACAGCAGAUAAGCAGAACGGACUUUAAGCUCAAAUUAUUUCAGCGAAGAGGCAAUUCAAAAUCGUCGACAUGCUGUUAAAUUUCCACACCAAGAAGAAGUUAAGAAACGUCGUAGUUGGUUUGUUUUUCUUGUUUGGUGGCGUUGAGUAUGGUGUUAUUAUUCCAACAUUAUGGCUGUUCCUCCAGCACACCUUUGAUGCCAAAGAAUCCUACUACUCAAUUGUAUUAUCAGCAUUCAGUUUUUCAAGUCUUAUCACCAGCCCUUUCUUUGGAGCAUGGAUAGAUUUUACCCGUAAAACAAAGAUCACUUUACUUGUUGGAUUGAUCUUUGAAAUUGGAGGCAACUUUUUGUACUUUAUUGCAAAAUCAAAACAUAUUGUUCUAGCUGGUCGAUUACUUUGCGGAGUUGGCGACGGGGUCGGUUCGGUUUUAUUUGCAUUGAUUGUAAGAACUUCGUCCGUGGAGGAACGCUCCUCUGUACUGUCUUUGGCAUUGGCUGCGAGACAAAUAGGAACUGUCCUAGGCCCGGCUUUGAAUCUCGCCACGAAGUACAGCAACUUUCAUGUCGGCCCUUUUCUUGUCAAUGCUUACAGGGCUCCAGGGAUAUUGAUGGCCGUGGUUUGGAGUAUCAUGCUCAUCAUUGUAAUUUUUCUCUACUAUGAUCUGCCCACUGAUGUCGCCCUUCAAAGUCUCUCCGUGCAAGCGGGUGAAGCUAGCACUGAAAGUACACAAAAUGGCAAUGUCUCUUCACCUUUGGGAAAUAUUAAGAGCAUCAAAAAAAGGCUCGUUUUAUGGAAAGAAUUACUCAAUGAAGAAGUAAUCGUUCUAUUGAUGACGCAGUUUAUCUCUUUCUUUGCAUUAUGCACACUUGAGGCUCUGUUUGCCCCAAUGUCAGAACAUCUUAUGGGCUGGAAAGAGACGGAAAUUAGUGUGGUGUAUACUCUGAUUGGAGUAGAGGCCAUUAUUGUGUACGCAUUUGUGAGCAAGAUCAGUAAACGCAUAGCAGACAGGUGGUUAUUGGUUAUUGGUCUUGUAAUGCUAUCUUCAAUUGUCAUUCUUUAUUUGAUUCUUUUAGCGCCUGCAAAGCCACAUGAUCCCACUACAUUGCCUACUGUCUCUGUAGGUACGUUCGUAAUCGUUCUUGGCGUACCAUUUCUUGCUGUUGGCGGAGUAUCUUUAUACUCCAAAGUUACCGACGAAAAAACGCAAGGUUUUCUUCAGGGCGUACGUCGUUCAUUUAUUGGCGUGGGUACGAUCUUCGGUGCCCUUUGGGGUGGAUCUCUCUUUCGGAGAUUAUACCUACUUUUAGCUGUGAUGAUUGGCUUGCUUAUCGUUGUUGAGGUCAUGUUAUUUUUUUCAUUCAAUCGCCUCCGUGUACCUACCAGCGGAAAUUCCAGCGACAAGAACGAAUCUACUGUUGAUAACGAUGAAAGUAAACCGCUUUUGGCGUGAUAUGGUCAAUUUUCACGUGUCUUCUUGGGGUAAUGUGUGACGAGUCUUACCCUACCAUGACAGCUACUUAGAAUUCCUCUGUUUUUUGUAAAGUGAAGCUGUUGGAGAAAAUUCCUUAGGUGUUUUUAUUGAUAAAUUUCUUCACAUGAAUCUUUUUGUUCCUUUUAUUAAAAAAAGGCGUUAUGUAAAUUAUAAAGCGCAUGUUUUACAUACAUUAUAUUAAUUUACAGAGACACUAUUGUGUAUGAACAGGUAACGAAGCACACAGACGAUCUAAACGUUGUAACUUGUAAGCAAAUUAAAGUUACUCUUGGACUCUA